UUAAAAUAAGCUUCCCUUUUUUUCUACUUGGGAUUACGAACCCCUAAAACCCUAAAUCUUCGAUCCGCCAUGAGAGGAGCUCUCUUCAGAAAUGCAUCUCUCUGCGCUCGCAGAAUCAUCCUUUCUCCUCGGAUAACUCAUCGAAGCUCCCCCAAUGUUCCCUUCCUCGCUCCAAUCGCUGCUCCGGUUUCUCUCAAAUUCAGAUUUUUCUCCUCCGAAUCCGACACGUCCGGUGAGAGCACGACUACUGCUUCCGAGCCUUCUUCGGUAGAUUCAUCCGUUAAGAAUGAUCUUGUUGUUGAGGAUGUAAGCAACAAAGAGCUCAAAUCCCGUAUAGAGAAGUAUUUCAAUGAGGGUAAUGAAGAUGCUUUGCCCGGAGUUAUUGAAGCACUUCUGCAGAGAAGACUUGUAGACAAACACGCAGAGACAGAUGAUGAAUUGAUGGAAAAACUCGAGAGUCUGCCUUUCAAAGAUGAUGUGAAGGAUGAAGAUUUUGAAUCUGAUUUCGAGGAAGCACAUUCCACUGACGAAGAACUCGAGGAUUUGUACAACUCUCCAGAAUAUGUAGCAGAAAAAAUGAGGAAGGAUGAAUUUUUCAACAUGGACGAUAAGAAGUGGGAUGACAUGAUUAGAGAAGGUAUCCAACAUGGGUGUCUUAUGGAUACUAAGGAAUGUGAGGAAAUUCUUGAGGAUAUGCUCAAAUGGGACCAGCUUCUUCCUGAUGACUUGAAGAAAAAAGUGGAAGCAAAGUUUAAUGAGCUUGGAGAUAUGUGUGAAAGAGGUGAACUUGAGCCCGAAGCUGCUUAUGAGCUUUUCAAGGAAUUUGAAGAUGAGAUGGUAAUUCAGUAUGGGAAUCAAAUGGAAGCCGAGGGUCCUCCCAAAUUUGGUGAAACGGAUGCAUCUGAUAGGAACACCGAUUUGGAUGAUCCCCCCGGUAAAGGCCCAAUCCUCAGGUGGCAAUCAAGGAUAGUUUUUGCUCCAGGAGGCGAUGCGUGGCAUCCAAAGAACAGGAAAGUUAAAAUGUCUGUUACAGUGAAAGAGCUCGGGCUCUCAAAGCAUCAGGCUCGAAGGCUAAGGGAACUUGUGGGGAAAAGAUACCAUUCGGGGAAGGACGAGCUUACAAUCACCAGUGAGAGGUUUGAACACCGAGAGGAAAACAGGAAAGACUGCUUGAGAACUCUUUAUGGGUUGAUAGAGGAAGCUGCGAAAGCGAACAAGAUCGCUGAGGACAUAAGAACUUCAUAUGUAAAACAGAGACUCCAAGCCAAUCCAGCUUUUAUGGAGAAACUACAAGCCAAGAUCAUAAGGUCUAAAGAAUAAGAUGCCAUCAGCGCCUGAUAAUUUUUUUCCUGUUUAGCGCCUCCAUUCUUGUCUCACCAAAUAAUCUUCAGGAUCGUCUCUUUUUGGCGAUCAAUUGCUCUGGUACGGGUUUGGAAAAUCGAUGAAGAAACCUUUGAUGGUAACUCCUAUUUUAGUUUAUCUCAUGAAGACAUGAACCUUGGUUGUGCUUGUUGGUGUCUAUUAGGGCCAUGAAGACUAGUCAACGCUUUCUUAGAAUUAUGAAUCUCUUCCAAGAUUAAGGUUUCGGUUUGGGAUUCGGAUACGUUUACUCUGGUUCAGGAUGAAAGCGACAAAGAAAAAAUAAUAUUUUGUACGAAUUAAAUUGGUACAAUUUUUGUUUGAGUUUUUCAUUAGAUGUCUUUCUGAUAUUUAAAGAAAAUUUUAAUC